CGCCUGAUUGAUUCAGUUUGAAAGAAUCGAUCAGUUUAAUGAUUCGUAGCUGUCAAAUUAAAAGAAUCGGUUUGUUAAAGGAAUCGAGUUUAUUCAGUCGCUGCUGGUUUCAGUUUGUUUGUGUCUCUGGGAUUUGCAGAAAAGAAGAUUGACGAUGACGGCAGCAUUAAGGGUGGCUCUUCAAAUGUGUUGCCGUAGUAACCACAUACAUCUACGCAUGCUCAGUAGGGGUGUAGCGUACAGCAGCGUAUCACUAGAUGAGCUGAACGAGCCCAACGAUCACUCGCGUGCGCUGUUUUCACGCUCUGUCAUUGGAACAUUUUUUCAGGAACAACCUCUGCUCACAAACCCAUUUACCCAAGAUGCACUGCUCAGAGCCUACCUGCAGCGACAUCUACCUGUACAGGAGGUUGAAGGAGAUCUCUUGCGUUUUGGCGAGCGGAUCGUCAGUGAGAUUGACGCGUUGGGACGCCAGUGUGAGCUGAAUCCCCCUCGCCUGCAACACUUUGAUGCGUGGGGGAGACGCAUUGACAGCAUCAUCACCUGCGAUGCAUGGACACGCUUAAAACACCUAUCUGCUCAAGAGGGACUGGUGGCAGCUGGAUAUGAGAGGACCUAUGGAGAAUGGAGCCGUGUAUAUCAGAUGAGUAAGAUUUACCUGUUUGCACCCUCGGCUGGACUUUACACUUGCCCUCUGGCCAUGACUGAUGGAGCUGCUAAAGUCAUUGAGUCUCUUGGUAUGCCUGUCAGAGAAGCAUUUGUCCGUCUGACCUCACGUGACGAGCAGCAGUUUUGGACAUCAGGACAGUGGAUGACGGAGAGGAGAGGAGGAUCUGAUGUCUCUACCGGAACGGAGACGGUUGCCAGGCGACAGCAGGACGGGUGGUUUAAGCUGUACGGCUUUAAAUGGUUUACCUCAGCAACAGAUGCUGACAUGACCCUGACGCUGGCCCGCAUCACAGAUGCGCAUGGAUGCACAACACCAGGCAGCAGGGGUCUGUCUCUGUUCCUGGCUAAGGUUCGAGAUUCUCAUGGUUCCUCUAAUGGUGUUGAAGUGCAGAGACUAAAGGAUAAAUUGGGCACCAGGCAGGUGCCAACAGCAGAACUGCUGCUAGAUGGGAUGAAAGCUCAGCUGGUGUCAGAAGAAGGAAGAGGUGUGGCGUCUAUUGCUAAUAUGUUGACUAUAACUCGUAUUUAUAACACGGUGUGUGCUGUGGCCGCUAUGAGAAGGAUGACGCAGCUGUGUCGGGAGUAUUCCUGUAAGCGCUCAGUGUUUGGCAAACUGCUGAAGGAUCAUUCACUGCACGUUCAGACGCUCAGCAGACUGGAGAUUGAGACGCGUGCUGCAUUUCUGCUCACAAUGGAGAUCUGUCGUCUGCUGGGCCGAGAGGAGAACAGAACCUCCACAGAGAGAGACGCACACCUGCUGCGACUGCUCACACCUGUAGCCAAACUCUACACCGGAAAACAGGCGGUGUGUGUUGUGUCUGAGGGUCUGGAGUCUUUUGGUGGUCAGGGUUACAUUGAGGACACUGGUCUACCCUCCAUGUUGCGCGAUGCUCAGGUGUUGAGUAUAUGGGAAGGCACCACUAAUGUUUUGUCUUUAGAUGUUCUCCGCUCCAUUGAAAAGUCCUCUGGGUCAGUACUCCAGGCAUUCUUCACUGAUGUCAAAGAUCGUUUGGUCGCGGCCGGCUCGUCUUCGGCUCUGCGUCCGGCCGUCUCGUCUCUUCAAGCGUCUCUGUCUGGUUUGAUGCGCUUCGUUCAGACGGCAGCGACUCGACCCUCCGGCUGUCUGGAGCUCGCGGCCAGAGAUCUGUCCUACAGUCUCGCUCGCAUUUACAUGGGCACUUUGUUAGUGGAUCAUGCAGCCUGGGAAAACGCCACACACACAGAUGUCUACACGGCUUUAAGGUGGUGUGAACAGGAUUUGUGUCCAGUGGUCAGUCGGGAUUCUGCCGGUUCUUAUGAUCCGCAUGUUGUCGACAUGGACAAAGAGCUGGUGUAUGACGGCCUAAAGCGCUAAACACACACACACACACACACACACACACACGUUUGUCAAUUGAGCCUCUACUGGUGUAACUCAUCAUCAUCAUCAUCAUCAUCCUGUUCAAAGAACAUCUGGCAUCUAAUGUGGCUCAAUUUUCUGAGUUAAUGUAAGUUAAUGUAAUGUGAAUUCAUGUAAUAUUUGUCUCUUACUGAAUAAUCUGUUUGUCAUUAUGCAUGUCACGCAGACACACACACACACACACACACACACACACACACACACACACACACACACACACACA